CCAAAAUGGCAAAAAGCACCAAUCCUCUUGCCGUUAUAUUUGUUUUUCUCUUUGUCUUCUUCCUAGUCUUGCGUAUAGAUACAGUGGUGGGUACGAAAGAGACAAACAAGGUAUGCGAGCGGAGAAGCAAGACAUGGUCAGGGUUUUGUGGAGACUCAAAGCACUGUGAUCAGCAAUGUCGGGAAUGGGAGGGGGCAAAACAUGGAGCUUGUCACCGAGAUGGAGUUGGGAGGGCAUGCUUUUGCUAUUUUAAUUGCUAAAUAUUACAAGAUCGGUGAAGAACAAACGAGGUGUAUCAUGGGUUUCGUAGUUUCUGGCUCUUUGAAUAAAAGUAAUAAGUGA